AUGUUUUCACUCUCGAAGGAUAAUACCGUGGAAGACGUCAUUAGCAAUUUGGCAGACAACUCACUACCUAGCAUUUCUCCAGGACAAGCCAAUAAAUUGGACAAUGACACACCUAUCAAGGAACGGAAGCCUUUGCCCGACCAUGUCAAGUAUGUGUUCCUGGGAGACGGAAACACACUUCCAGUGAUUAUUUCGAGCAAGCUUACCAAGACUCAAGAAGAAGAGCUCGUGGCAGUUCUCCAGUCUCACAAGAAAGCAUUGGGUUGGACCAUCUCGGAUAUAAAGGGAAUAAGUCCCUCAAUUUGCACGCAUCGCAUUUUACUGGAAACGGGAGCUGAACCUGUUCAUCAACCCCAACGCCGCUUGAAUCCGGUGGUGUUAGAAGUCGUGAAAGCUGAGUCCCGUCUUCGAUUGUUCCCAGGAAAGCUACGAACAAGAUGGAAAGGACCUUUUGAAGUCACCAAGGUCUGUACUCAUGGGGCUGUUGAGAUUCGGAGUCCGUCGAGCUUGAAGUCUUUCAUAGUCAACGGACAUCGACUUAAGCCAUAUCACGAGAAUUUCCAACCUGAGCAUGAAGAAAGAGAGGGCCUCGAGGACCCCAUUUAUUCUGAAUAA